UAAAAAACAAACCUCCCGCAGCACAGAAGGCGGAGCCGAAGAACGGAAACGGAGAAGAUGACGACGAAGAAUGGGAGGAUGCCAGCGACGGAGAAGACGAAGAAGGGAGCGACUUGGAACGCGACGAGAAGAAAGACACCGGGAAGGAGAAGCCAGCCAAGAGCAAAGACAACUCCCCUACAUCUCCCCCACCUCGUUCUCGACCGACAUCAGCAGGAAGCCCCAAAGAUCAGAGGCCUCCCAGGCCCAAGGUCCACAUCCCGCCCCCGGCAGCAGUUCAGGAGUCCCCAGAGGGAGGUAAGCCCCUCAGCCCCUUCCUCCCUCUGGAGAGCCACCAGCCUGUAUCAGACUGGGGGGAGGAGAUGGAGAUGCAGUCACCCCGCAGCAGCAUGGGAGGCGAGAGCCCACUGAAACCUCCCAGCGUGGAGGCCAGCCCACCCCAGAAGGAGGAGGAGGAAAAAGAAGAAGAAGAAGAGGAGGAGGAGGAGGAGGAGGAGAUGCAGUCACCCCGCAGCAGCAUGGGAGGUGAGAGCCCACUGAAACCUCCCAGCGUGGAGGCCAGCCCACCCCAGAAGAAGAAGGAGGAGGAGGAGGAGGAGGAGGAAGAAGAAGAAGAAGAAGGGGAGGAGGGGGAGGAGGAAGAAGAGGAGGGGGAGGAGGAAGAAGAGGAAGAAGAGGAAGAAGAGGAGGAGGAGGAGGAGGAGGAGGAGGAGAAGAAGGCAGCGAUGGAGAGCCAAGCUGUCAGCUCCAAUGAACCUGCUGAGCCACAGAAAGAGGAGGAUACGGCCAUAGACGUCUCCUCUCCUUCACAAAAGACUAAAGCCCAGCAGACUGUGAUAGUGUCAGAACCAGAGUCCGUCCCCACAGACUCCCCCGCUCCACCGCCAUCUGACCCCGCCCCCUCUGAGGUUUCUUGCCCCUCCGUUUCUGAGGUCAGCGAGGCUGCCGUGACGACGGACCAGGAUACACCUGCUGCUCCAUCACAAGAGGACAAGCUGGACACCCCUCCCUCUCCAGCCGCCCUGAAAGUUGGCGAUAGCUCCUCUGAACCGGAAGAAGGGAAAGAUGACGACAUGACGGCCGCUGGGACCGACGCCGCUCGGACAGCAGAGGAAGUUGAGUCCUCGGAGCCGACGUCCUCGGAGCCGACGUCCUCAGGCUGAAGCUGCUGGGGACAAAGAGGAGAUGGAGAGAGGAGAUGGAUGAGGAGCAUCACACUACUCGUCAGUGGAAUGGCCGCCACACAUCUAAAGAAAUGAAAUGACUACCAUCAUGAGGAGGCGGGGCUGUGCAGCGCUCUUGCUCAGCUGUUUCUUUUGGAUCAGUGGGUCUGAUCACCUCUGGGCCGCCGCCAUGUUUUGACUCGCUCUGUUAAGUAUGAAGAGUGAAAUCUCCUUCAUCGGCUGUUUUCUUUGUAUUUCUAUGUUUUGUUCUCACUGUGGGGUGUUGAGCUUUUCUGCACUGGGACAAUUAAGCUUGAUCUGAUUUUGUCCACGUGUAGAUAUGUUUUCACUUCAAGAUCAUUUAUGUAAAAUCACUUUUACACGCUCAGAACUUUACAGUAUUUGGCAAGGCGCAACAUUUUCCCUCUGAGAUUGUAAGUUUAUUAAUUUGGAAGCUGGAAUUGGCUGACCCGUCAGUGUUUUAGGUGAUGUGCAGGCGGGCUUUGCGAGGACAUAUCGGUUUAUAAUAGGCUUCCAGCUGACCAGUUUGGAGGUCAAUAUCUUUUGUUGUUUUAAACGUACCGCUCAGCUUUUUCAGGAACGGAACAAACGUGGCUAAUUUCUGUUGUUUUCAGUUGGGAAAUGAUCACUUCAUUGAGUUAACAGAUGAAUUCAUCUUUCCGAGUGGCCUCACUUGAGGCAGAUUAUCAGAUUUUAUACAGCUUUUUUCCCACAUGGGCAGAGGGUACUCUCCAACUCCUGUGAACAGACUGGUGUGUAAGAUCAGUGGAAUUGACCCUUCGCUGAGAACAGUCCCCCCCGCUGCUACUCCGUCAAGCUGUCAGAGCCACCGUGGAGCCCACACGGUCACCGACUGCCCUCCCUGAAUACAGCUAUCUAGUCUUUGGGAAAACAAAAGCGAUUUUAGAGAGAAGCAGGGUCUACAGUAUGCGUUUGAAGGAUGUAUCCAGGCUGUCCAGCUGACUCAGCAGCAAAAACAGGUUUCAAAAUCCAAUGAUGGAAGCUAAAGCCAACCAUUACAGAUCCGUGUGAACCACUACCUCACACGUGCGUGAUAAUUGUAAGCGUCUAACAACAUUAUGGAAAGGAACCUAAAGAGAUGGAUCCUUUUGCGAUUUUACUCUUUUAGUCCGUAGGGUUCACUUUUUAAAUUCACAGAUACAAUCAUUGUAAUACGAUAGCAGCAUGUGUAAACAUUCAGUAUAGCUUCAGCAGCUAGCGUAGCAUAGAAGUGUUGAUGUGGUAACGAGCAUCACUAUUAACAAUGACAAGCUCCAAAUCCACCAAACCUGCCUGAAGAGGAAGAAAACCAGAAACAAUUGCGUAAGAGUCGGUGGAGCGGAGCUGACUGAUGCUACGCUAUGAUUGGCCAUUCUGCGUUCGAGAGGCGGGCCAAUUAGCAAAGGGUCAAUUCUCCUUCAUUAUGAGUUGCUUUGCCAGUUUCUUCGACCCUCUCCACCCACUAAAUAUUCUUACUAUGGACUCUAUCUGUUUUUAUUUGGACAUAUGCACACAGUGUCUCCUGAGAUGAACUGAUCUCGCCUCUCGCUGCAGUUGCUCUGAGCUUUUGGUUGCGGCGUCUGUUGUGAGUGAUUGUGGUGGCCAUCUUGUGACUGUUUACCAUCUCUGUGAUCUCCAUUAGUGUUCAUAAUGUGCAGCCUGCCCUGCUCUUUGACUUUAUUAUGUGACUUUUAAUUACUUGGACAGAGAAGUACUUUUGUUUUUCAUAUCGGACCCACAGGCUCCAUUUUAUUUCUUUCUAAAGACAUCUGGACGCACUAAAGAUCCUUCAGAACUAAGAAUCCUUCAGCCCGACUGUUACCACGGGCUUCACUGCAGAUAGAUGGGGGUGUUUUAAGUGUGCUUUAUGUUUUGUUUUGCAUCAGAGCCAGCUGUGCAGGUCUGCUGUUGUAGAGUAACUGACUUCAGCGAUCUUUGGCCGAAGCUUCUACUCGGAUUAACUUCAAGAAUCAGGUGUGUUGCCUGAGGGCGCUCUGACAGAACACCAUGUGACCUCGUCCUCCUCUCCAAUCUAUCAAAAUACCAAUUAUGUAUUUCGAGGCGGCGGUCCGUUUGCUGUUUUAAUUAUGUAAUUGUGCGUCACAAUCAGACGCAGACUGUGCUGCCAUUUUGUUGAUCUGUUCAUAUCUGUCUGAAGCUCUUUAAGGGACACAUGGCCUCUUAUUCUCUUUGAUCAAGGGUCUCACUGCAGAAUGGAGUGUUUUUGGCUUUACGUUAAAUAGUUAUUUUUGAACAGCCAUGUUUAGAAGAUAUACUUGUCUCUUAUUUGGAAAGACAGACUUGCAUAAAGUGUAGUAUCAUGAAUUACUACUUUUUAUUUUGGAAUGGAAGCCUUCAUUGAUGCCUCGGCACACUAAGGGCUUUUAAUUUGUGCUUUGAAUCAUGCCUGUGGACACCGGGGUUAAUGGGUUGCUUUACUGGUUUUUGUUUUGUUUUCUGUAUUAGAGGGAAAAAAACGAUGCUUUUGGAUUGAAAGGAACUGCAAUAUGUACAGUUUUUAAAUGGAAAAGAACAUUCCACCAUUGGUUGUUUGUGCAAAAAGUAGCUUGUGAGCUAUGAAAAGAUAUUAGGGUGUUUUUGCACAUCGAUGUUUGUUUUUCUGAGCGUCGAUGACGGAUUGUAACUAAGGCAGGGUAUAUUUCUAUAUACAUCCAUUUCUACAAUGUCUUCCUGAUUGAUACAUGAACUUGCUCUGAGAACGUGCAGCCGUUCUCAUAAAGAUUAUCAGGACCAGCAUGAAUCCAAAACUGUAAGCUUUUUAAUGUUGUCAAAGCCGUUGAUGAAAUAAACGUCCCUCGUCAGCGCAUACAUCAGAUAGAGAAAGAGCCCUGACGGUUGUACCCACAUGAAAUGUAAAGCACACGGCUGCUUAUCAGUUUUUGUUCCUCUCAUUUAGCCAAUAAAUGUAUUUCUCUGAU